AUGGGAAUGCUUGUGCGUGUUGCUGGGGAUACAAUUAUGAUGUCCCCACCAUUCAUCAUACCCGACCUUGUUUCAAUAGCCAAAGCCCUUUCUUCUGCAUACAUGCCCAUUGGUGCAGUGUUGGUAGGCCAAGAAGUUGCUGGUGUUAUUAGUUCUCAAAGUAACAAACUUGGUAUCUUUUCACAUGGCUUCACUUAUUCUGGACAUCCUGUAUCGUGUGCUGUUGCACUAGAAGCUUUGAAGAUAUAUAGGGAAAGAAACAUUGCUGAAUAUGUAGAUAGCAUUUCACCCCUAUUCCAAAAUAGCAUGAGGGCAUUGGCUGGGAGUCCUAUUUUGGGAGAGAUACGUGGUACAGGACUUAUCAUUGGAGUAGAAUUUACAGAUAAUAAAUCACCCAACGACACCUUUCCGCCUGAGUGGGGUAUAGGAGCAUACUUCACAGGGAGAUGUAAACUUGGAGAAAGUUCAUGGCAACCUGGUCCAAACCAAGUGUUUGAUACACUGGAAGAUGUUCCAUCAAUGGUUGUAUUUUCAAUAUGGGAGAAAGAGAAGGAAACUACUGAGACUAGCUACGAGGAAAAAGUACUUGAGCUUACAUCAACAGGUGAUUUUAGUGAGAAAAUAGUGCAAGAGAUGUUGUAG